GGGACUUUGGUGUGGGGGGUGUUUUCUGGUGACCACAUAGUCUGGACGGCCAUGCAGACAUGAGAGAGUGGCUUGUGGGGAGGAGAGGCCAGUAGAACCCACCGACCAAGCAGGUCAGCACCCCCAGGCUGCAUGCCUCCGUCUCCCAUCAGGUCCUGGAGACCCGUGCCCCUGUGGAGGAAGGUGCUGUCCGCCGCGGUGGUGGGGGUGCCCCUGCUCCUUGGCAUCCGCUAUUGCACGGCAGAGGCCCAGGAGAAGAGGAGGAUGCGGCUGGUGGUCGACGGCCUGGGGCGCUUUGGCAGGUCUCUGAGGAUCGGCCUGCAGAUCUCCCUGGACUACUGGUGGUGCACAAAUGUUAUCUUGCAAGGGGUGGAAGAGAACAGCCCGGGGUACUCAGAGGUGAUGUCUGCAUGUCACCAGCGGGCAGCUGAUGCCUUGGUGGCGGGGGCCAUCAGCAACGGCGGCCUCUAUGUGAAGCUUGGCCAGGGGCUCUGCUCCUUCAACCACCUGCUGCCUCCCGAGUACAUCAGUACCCUGCGUGUGCUGGAGGACAGGGCCCUCACCCGUGGCUUCCGUGAGGUGGAUGAAUUGUUCCUCGAGGACUUCCAGGCCCUGCCCCGUGAGCUCUUCCAGGAGUUCGACUACCACCCAGUGGCUGCCGCCAGCCUGGCUCAGGUGCACCGAGCCCGGCUACAUGAUGGCACCACUGUGGCUGUGAAGGUGCAGUACAUCGACCUACAGGACCGCUUUGACGGGGACAUCCACACCCUGGAGCUCCUGCUGCAGCUGGUUGAGCUCAUGCACCCCAGCUUUGGCUUCAGCUGGGUCCUCCAGGACCUGAAGGGGACCCUGGCCCAGGAGCUGGACUUCGAGAACGAGGGCCGCAAUGCCGAGCGCUGUGCGCGGGAGCUGAGACACUUCCACUACGUGGCAGUCCCCCGUGUGCACUGGGACAAGAGCAGUAAGCGUGUGCUGACGGCAGACUUCUAUGAAGGCUGCAAGAUCAGCGACGUGGAGGCCAUCCAGAGCCAGGGGCUGGCAGUGCAGGAUAUAGCAGAGAAGCUGAUCCAGACUUUUGCUGAGCAGAUAUUUUACACGGGCUUCAUCCACUCUGACCCCCACCCUGGCAAUGUUCUGGUGCGGAAAGGCCCGGACGGGAAGGCAGAGCUGGUGCUGCUGGACCACGGGCUCUAUCAGUUCCUGAACGAGAAGGACCGGUCAGCCCUGUGCCAGCUGUGGCGGGCCAUCAUCCUGCGGGACGACGCCGGGAUGAAGGCACAUGCCGCCGCCCUCGGGGUGCAAGACUAUUUGCUGUUCUCCGAGAUGCUCAUGCAACGGCCUGUGCGCCUGGGGCAGCUGUGGGCCUCCCACCUACUGAGCCGCGAGGAGGCGGCCUACAUGCAGGACAUGGCUCGUGAGCACUUCCAGGGCAUCAUGACAGUACUCAAGGCCCUGCCACGGCCCAUGCUGCUUGUGCUGCGCAACAUCAACACCGUGCGCGCCAUCAACGCGGCCCUUGGCACGCCCGUGGACCGCUACUUCCUCAUGGCCAAGAGUGCUGUCAAGGGCUGGAGCCGCCUGGUGGGCGCGGCAUACCAGGGCAUCUAUGGCAUCAGCCUCCUGCGCCACAUCAAGGUCAUCUGGGAGAUGGUCAAGUUUGAAGUGGCCCUGAGGCUGGAGAUCCUUGCUAUGCGGUUCACUGCCCUCCUGGUUCGUGUUCUGGCCCACCUGGGCCUCAUGCCCCAGGCCGAGGAGCUCUACCAGUACCUGGAGACUUAGGGAGCCAGGAUGUGCAGAGAGCUGCCCAGGGCCAGCAGGACUCGCCGAUGGAGCUGCCUGUGCAGACACUUCAAGACCCAGGGCGACCAGAGCAACUAUGGCCUGAGCGUGGGAAACACCACAGCCAGGCUAGGAAUACACUCAAUGAAAAGACA